AGACAUUUAGGAAAUAAUUAUCAUUGUGGCAUAACUUGAAAUGAAAUGGUUGCAUUUGUCAGAGAGUUUCCUGUUGCCGCUUUUGUAUUUUUCUUGUAUUGUUGACUUGCAGUUGAAUGCUUCUGAUGCAGGAGAGCUGCAAGCCAUUACCAUUAUCACAGCAUCCUGCACCUAUUGUGGAAAACUUAUUGGAAGAAUGACCCAACAUGAAUCAUGUUACAAUAAUCUGUCUUUUUGCUUGUGUCCUAACGGCAGCUCAUAAGUAACGAGAGACCUUUAGAGUAAUAAAUAUAAUCAAGUUGAAAUAGCUUUUCGUCUUGGAUGCUGUGUUAUCUAGGUCUUGGAUAAAUCAAUAGUUCACUAAUUGUUUAUUGACAAGUCAUGGUGGCAGCAACACCAAAUCAUGAUGACGAUAUAAAUAAAAUCAAAAUAUUAAAUCAUACUUCAUAAUUAGUAGCAUAUUUACAGAUAAUCAUUAAAAUAUAAAUUAGGAAAAAAAAAAUAGAAUUGUCCGAUUUUGAUCAUUUCAAUAUACAAAUAAUUACAAUAUCACGCACAGUUCAGGUUUCAUUAAUUUACAGCCUGUCAUGUAUCCUGUUUUGUGUUGCAGACCAUAGCUCAUAAAUUAUCACGUUGAGUUCAUUAAAUUCUCUUUAAAUUUAUGUACUACUUAUUAGUUCUAUAAAAUAGGCCUUGUGUUGUCUUGUAGUCUGUUCAUUCUAUACGCUAUUUGCUGAAUGGUACCUUCUCUCCAUAAUUCCAUUCCCCAUGGUAUUUGGUAAAUCUAGCAAUUCAAACAAGCGGCUAUUGGAACAUGAGGUGCUUUUCUUCUGCUUUGAUCUUUGUGACAAAAUAAUGCUACAAUCUUUUCAAUAAAGUCUGGAGGAACUCCCUCAUUCCCUGCUUUUGACUAUCAAACUGUCCAUCUUACUUGGAAGAAGUUUCCACACUCUGGUUUGCUCUAAGUAAUCUCAUUGAGCAGGGAAAUUUAAAGAGUGUACCAGCCUGAUGCCAGCAAGCAUUCCACUUCUUGAAUAAAUCACCAAUUGUGCUGCCAACAGUGAUUGGUUUGUGCUGUAGAUAUGGCACCAAAACCAAGUGGCUCCACAAAGGCCGAGGAAACUCCUGUCAGGGUGGCAGUCCGAAUCAGACCUCUGUUACCUAAAGAAAUUCUACGUGGACAUCAGUCUUGUGUCCAUGUCGACCUCGAUGCACAGCAGAUUACUCUGGGACGUAACCGGCAUUUCCAAUUCGAUAUAAUCUUCGACCAGACUGCCAGUCAGGAUGAGGUAUACAACAGUUGUGUGGAGCCACUGGUUGAGGCUUUCUUUGAGGGAUUCAAUGCCACCGUGUUUGCCUAUGGACAGACUGGAUCGGGCAAAACGUAUACCAUUGGGGAGACUUACAUACCUUCUGUUACUGAUGAUGACGAGGGCAUAAUUCCCCGUGCUUUGGCAGAGAUCUUUAAGCUGAUUGAUGAGAAUGAUGCAGUGGAUCACACUAUUAAGGUGUCAUACCUAGAGGUUUACAAGGAAGAAUUCAGAGACUUACUGGAGGUGGAAACAGCAAGCAAGGACAUCCGUAUUCGAGAGGAUGACAAAGGAAACACAGUGCUUUGUGGUGUCAAGGAAUGCGAAGUGGAAGGGUUGGAUGAAGCUUUGAGCUUACUUGAGAUUGGUAACACUGCCAAGCAUACUGGGACAACAGAGGUCAACAUGCAUUCCAGCCGCUCUCAUACCAUUUUCACAGUUACCAUGGAACAGAGACGAGGACUUGGUCGGACCACACGACUUGCUGCCACUCCUGGAGACCUGCUGAGUCCCACACAGGUGAUAACUUCUAAGUUUCACUUUGUAGACUUGGCAGGCUCAGAGCGAAUUGUGAAGACGGGCAACACUGGUGAACGCCUGAAAGAAUCCAUUCAGAUCAACAGCGGAUUGUUGGCAUUGGGCAAUGUCAUCAGUGCCCUGGGUGAUCCAAGGAGAAAGGGUUCACAUAUUCCUUAUCGGGAUUCCAAGAUUACCAGGAUCCUCAAAGACUCGCUUGGUGGUAAUGCAAAGACACUGAUGAUUGCUUGUAUAAGUCCCUCUUCAUUCAACUUUGAUGAGAAUUUAAACUCUUUAAAUUAUGCCAAAAGGACUCAGAACAUUAAAAACCGGGCGGUGAUAAACUUCAAAAAAGAUGUGGAUUGUACCAAUGAGCUAGAACUUCAAAUCAAGACUCUUCAUGAAGCUAUGGAGCACACCCAACAAGUGUCACUGAACAAAUGCUUCAGGCAAUUGCCUGAGAAGUACAUGGCUCGAUUGCAUGCUGAGAGCUCCCAUUAUCGGACCUGCACGGAUGCUGCAUACCGAAUUUUUAUGGAAUUGCAGGGAGACAGGAACCUCACGGUGGAUCAGGUGCUAAAAGUGAAAGAGUGGAUAACGAAUGUGGAAGAGAUGCGGAGUGAGCUCUCCACCGCCUCUGGCCUCGACAGUGGUAUUGAGUGCAAUUCAACUGAUGAACCCAAGACUAGAGGUGUAUCUAAGCAACAGGGUCCCAGUGAAGUUGGCCAGGACCCUGGGCAAGAGCAGAAGCAGCUUGUUCCAAAACUGCAGGCAAAGGUUCAGCGGCUGGAGGAAGAGAACAGAGAUUUCUUGGCAGCCCUCGAGGAUGCCAUGGAGCGGUUUAAACAGCAGAAUGAAACGUUAUUGGAUCAGGAGGACCAGAUUAUUGAAUUACAAAGUAGACUGAAGCUAGUAGGAGGGAAUCAGUCUGCCGUGUUGGUGGAUGAGGUCGUAGAGAGCCUGCAGCUUGCUGACCUCAGUUGCAGGCCUCACACAGCCCCUCAACUUUGCAGAUUGAAUGUGCCACGUUCCAGUCACAUUCUCAAUAAUGAAACUGAAAGAACUCAUUCCAAGAAGAUUUCUGCAAAUGCCUCUUCCACAGAACAUGCAGGUAUUGCAUUUCGCAGCCAUGGUCAGUGCCUGCAGCAAAGCAUGGGGGACAGAGAUUCUGUGUUUCACAGAGACUGCAACAGAGAUUGUGGAUCAACAGUGUUGCGAUCUGAUGAUGACACAGAGGAGGAUGAUUUUUGUGGGAGUCUAGAAAAAAACAGACAUCAGAUCAAUCGGACCUGGACGAAAAGAGAUGUGCCUGGAAUGAUCAGCACAGCGAAAAGCAGAAACAACCUUAGCCAGCUCCGAGACAGUGAUUCGAGCAGUUUGCAAAGUGAAGUUACAAAACCUCCCUACAGGAGCGGUGACCAGGAUGGGGCCCACUCACUGCCAUUCUGUGAUGAAUUCAGGGAAUAUUCCCCUGUGAACCAUCCCAAGAUGAAGAACUCUGAGUGGAGACUCCUCCAAGCACAGCACAAGAUGCGGGAGCUGGCCAUCAAUAUCCGCAUGAAGGAAGAAUUGAUCAAAGAACUCAUCAAAACAGGGAGAGAUGCCCAAGCGAUGAAUAAACAGUACUUCCAGAAGAUUCAAGAGCUGGAGCAGGAGGCAGAACAGGCAAAAGCAGAGCUGACAGAGGCUCAGAAACAGCUCCAGGACUUUGAAGAGAAAGAACCCAGGGACCCUGUGGAAAGGGCCAAGCUUCAGGAGUAUCAAAAAAAAAUUGUUGCAGCACGAAGCAAAGUGCAGGUGCUCAAGCAAAAGAAGCGGGAUACAGAGCAACUGGUGUCACUGUCAUCACAGAGUGAGCGGCGAAUCCAUGAGAUGGAGAGAAACGUACAGCUGAUGAAGCAGCAACAGGCAUUGUUGCAGAGAAAGCUGAAAGAGGAAAUGGAUCAGAAAAGACGACUUGAGACAGAAAUGCAGAAAGGAAAACAUCGAGUGAAGGAGCUUGAAAUAAAGCAUAAACAACAGCAACAAAUUCUCAAGAUUAAAACUGAAGAGAUUGCAGCUUUCCAAAGGAAGAGGAGGAGUGGCAGCAAUGGGUCCGUGGUCAGCCUUGAAGAGCAGCAGAAAAUUGAAGAGCAGAAGAGGUGGUUAGACACAGAGAUUGAGAAGGUUCUCGAACAACGGAAGGCUCUGGAGGACCUGGAAGAGGAGUUGAACAAACGAGAGAUCAUUGUAGAAAAGAAGGAGGCCUUGUUGCAGGAGAAGAAUGGGCUGGAGAGCAAGAGGCUGUGGUCCAGCCAGGCACUGAAUAAUGACAUUGUGAGAGUGUCGAGCCGCAUUGAAUCUCUGGAGAAGGAGCUGUCUGAGAAGAAUGGGCAGUUGCGUAAUGGCAGUGCCUGCGACCAACAGGAAAUCCGGGAGGAGAUUUCUGACUUACGGCACGAGAAGGAUCAGAUGAUGAAACAGCGCACCGAACUAGAUGAGAAACUACGGAUGGGAAACCUGCUGUCUGCAGAGGAAGAGAGGAUCCUUUUCCAGCUGGAUGAAGCUAUUGAAGCACUCGAUGCUGCAAUUGAGUACAAGAACGAGACAAUCACACGUCGGCAGAGGGUGCUGCGAGCGUCUGCCAGCAUGCUAUCCCAGUGUGAAAUGAACCUGAUGGCAAAGCUGAGCUAUCUCUCAGCAUCUGAAACUAGAGCGCUUCUCUGCAAGUAUUUCGACAAGGUGGUAACACUCCGAGAAGAGGAGCGCAAGAUGCAGCUGGCAUUCAUGGAAUUGGAGAUGCGCGCUGAGGAGCAGCAAAAGCUCGUUUACUGGCUGGAGGCAGCAGUCGAGCGCCAACGCCUCGAGACAGAUCGUCGCCUUACUCUCCAGCAGAAGGAACAUGAGCGAAACCUGCAACUCCUGCUCCAGCACUGUCGAGGACAAAUGGAUGAAGGAAUUGCUGGGAGUCAGAGGCAGUACGAGGGCUGGAUUCAGAUGCUGGAGAAGGAACUUGUCUGGUACAAACGAGCCAACCAUGAACUGAACAUGAAAUUGCGAGAACUGUCUAGUUAUCUCGUGAAUCAGCCAGCAGAGCAAAGCAAAUAUCUCGGAGUUGUUGGGAGGACUCCUGCCACUGUUGAUCGAAUACCUGCGCGAGCUGGAAGAGAAGAAAAUGGGAAUAACAUUCUACCAGAUCAAACAUCUGUGUUGUCAACUGCUCUGGAGCAUGUUCCCAAACCCAAAGAGGAUCUCCGAGAUCUGAUCCAUGCACCUCUGCCACCCACUUGGCGAAGGUCAUCCCUUCCUACAGAAGAUCAGUCUGGGCUUGAUGAACUGAGACUACGGGACUCAGUGGAACAACCAUGCCAUCGGAUGGUGCAGCCUGCAGAGGGUGCUAUGCACUGGAGUUUUGCACCUAUGCAGAAAUCUCAAAAAACAUUCAGACAAGCAAGUCUCAAUUCAAACAUUUCUUAUUUCAAUUCUGGGAUAAUUGAUGUCCGAAAAAAUCCAGUGGGAUAGCUGAACGGCACAGAACAUUGAAGACAACUCGCUUUGAAGAAAAGCAUUUUUAUUCCAAAAAUUGCUACAAAGCAGUUCAUAUUGAACAGGAAAACAGUUUAGAGCAGAAUUUUGGAGAGCAAUGGAAAAAUAAACUUGUUUCAGUUCACUUUUUGACCACACAAAAUCAAAAAAAAGUAUGAUUAUUACAGUAAGCAUGAAGCCAGAGGACAGAAGCACAGCAGAAUGAGUGAUCCAAAAUAACACUGGGUGACUAAUUCCGCUAUCAAGAGAUGAACUGAGCAAGCAUACUAAUGGAGCUUCGGAGUCCUCUGGUUUAGAUCUGAUUGCUGUUCUUACAGGAAAGGAUCAAAGUCAUCUCGAACAUCUUUUAAAAAAAUGUAUACCUUUGCUUUUGUAUGUGUCUUUUGUUUGUGUUUCUAAACGUUGUGCAUAUCCUAUAUUUGAGUGGUUGUGUGUUUUGUUUUAAUAUGCAUAAAGUUGAGAAAAGGUGGAAAUUUGUAAUACUUUUGUUCACUUUGCUGUUUAAAGCCCACUUUAUGGCCACUGUGUCCACAUUUGAUGUGGAUGUCAUUUCAUAAUACUUUAAUUCCUGGUUUCGGAAGAUUUCCUUACAGUUAUCACCCAAAAGCUGGUUGUUAUAAUAACAAAUAUGCUGCUAAAACUGUAUAUUAUCCUUGGUUACAUAUUGAGAUGACACAUUUCAACAGGGAGCAAAUCAUGUGCAUAUGAAGCACCAAAUUUGCAGUUGUUGCAAAGUGGACAAACACUUUGGCUAUGUGCUGAGAAUCCAGCAUACCAAUUCACUUAGUAUUUUUCAGAAAAAUUACUUACACAUUGAUUUCCUAGUGUCUUCCAAUAAAUGUUGGUUAAAUUCUGUUAUGGGCAGAGAUAGUUUUGGAAUUAAACAUUGACCUUUUGCCUUUAGCAUAUGGAUUAAAAUCUAGAUAUCAGGUUGUGAAAACAAUUAUUUUGGAGCUGAGACCAGAGGAAACCUAAAGGAAUAUCAGCUUUAUUUUUAUACAACUUCAAAACCUUUAUGUAACUGAGACAAAAUUAUGGUUUACAAGAUUGAGCAUGUAACCUUUGAAUGUCACAGGCUCUAUCCACGUCAAAAAUUGAACAAAUAAAAUGAUUUCUGUCUUUUGUAAACA